AUGUCAGACUUAGGAAGACAAAGUGUUACCGACAAAGCCGCCGCUGCUGUGAAGCCAGACUCUGAGAAAUCUACCCCAGAGCACCUCAAGGACAAGAUUGUCGGAAAGACCGACAAUGCUGCUGGUCACGGAACUUCUGACAACGACAAGUCGUUUGUUCAAUCCGCCUCCGAUGCUAUCUUCGGUGAGAAGAAGUAA